AACUAUAAAUUGCUUUGGAGCCUUUGGAAUGGAGGAAGUCAGAACGGGGAAAAGCCAAAAAACGUAGCAGAAUUUCCCCGGCGGCGGUUAGGGACGGCGGUAGCGAUCCGGCGGGUUUUCGUCGGAUUUCUUCAAUUUCCAGGCAGCGUUUUGGGUUACGAUCUCCAGUUUCUUGCUGACGUGAAAAUCGGACGGCUGAGAUGAAGGGAUCUGGAGCUCUCGUUGCAUCGGUCAUUGCUGCCUCCACCGUAGCUUUCUCUUCCCCUGGCGAUCAUGACGUCGCCGUUUACCCUUCUUGCUCUACCACUGAGGGUUCUUUCUCGAAUAAUAACCGAGGGACUAAUUCGAGGAAGUCUUCAGAUAAGGAGAAAUUCGCUCCUAGGUUCGACGGCUUGAGAUUUAUCGAGACUUUGGUGACGGCGCACAGAUAAAAGGAAAAAAGAUAAAAAGGGUCGGAAUUUCUUAGUACUUGAAAAAGUUUGCGUGAGAAGGGAGGAGGAGCGCUGGUGAACUUUUAUGAAUCCUGUUUUUGUUUAACUUUUCUCAAGAGAAAUCUCUAUCAGGUCUAAUCGGCCUUUCAGUUUUGAUCCAAA